GAGGCGGGGCCGUGGGGGGUCGUCGGCGAUGGGGCUCGCUAAGGAGGAAGAAGCGGGCGGACGGCGGCGGCUUCGCGGCUGCUGACCCUCCGCGGGGAGCGAGCGGGGGGUGGUGGCGGGAGGCCUGCGGUCCCGACAGGGCUGGGAGCAGCGGCGGCAAACAAGAAGAAUAAAUUGAAGAUUAUCAAAAUGAGCAGAAAGCCUCCACAUCGUCCCGGGAUCACAUUUGAAAUUGGUGCUCGUCUGGAAGCCCUGGAUUAUCUACAAAAAUGGUAUCCUUCACGCAUUGAGAAGAUAGACUAUGAGGAAGGAAAGAUGCUUGUCCAUUUUGAACGCUGGAGUCAUCGUUACGAUGAAUGGAUUUACUGGGAUAGCAAUCGAUUGCGCCCGCUCGAGCGGCCUUCGCUGAGGAAAGAGGGCCUAAAAGAUGACGAAUUUAUUGAUUUUAAACCAGGAGAAGAGGUUCUGGCUCGUUGGACAGAUUGCCGAUACUACCCUGCAAAAAUUGAAGCAAUUAACAAAGAAGGAACCUUCACUGUACAGUUUUAUGAUGGAGUGAUUCGGUGUCUCAAAAGAAUACAUAUCAAAUCCAUGCCAGAGGAUGCCAAAGGGCAGGCGCGCGAGAGGCAACAGAUAGCACCGGAGCUGAGAUUAGUGACGGAUAACGAGCCACGUGAAGAUUGGAUAGCUUUGGUCAAAGCCGCUGCAGUGGCAGCUGCGAAAAACAAAGCAGGAGUUAAGCCACGGACAAGUGCUAACAGUAAUAAAGACAAAGAGGAGAGAAAGUGGUUUAAAGUACCUUCAAAGAAGGAAGAGACCUCAACCUCAGCAAUUGUCCAGAAAGUCCAGAAGAAAGAAGAGCAGCCCACAUCCAGCGAGACAUUUGGAUUUCCUCUGGUGGAUGUCCCAAAGAUUGCCUUUGUACAGGCGGAGAAUGCAUUAGCACACAAGAGGAAAAACAAUCUAGGCAACUCAUUUCAAGCCAAGAGGGCUCGUCUUAACAAGAUCACUGGAUUGUUGGCAUCCAAAGCUGUCUGGGCUGAUGGUGCUGAAAAGAAAGAAGACCGCAAAGAAGCAGCUCCAGUCUUGGAGCAGGAGAUAUCACCUAAGCCUCAAAGUCAGAAAAAAAAUGAAGCUGAUAUUAGCAGUUCUGCCAACAUUCAGAAAUCGGCACUGCUGCCCUCCAACUUGUCUUCAGGAAAGUCUCGCAGCAAGAAAUGCAAACAAGAAUCUGGAGAUUCUGCAGGGUGUCUAAAGCCCCUUAAAACACCAUUUUCCCCAGAGUUAAUACAAGUGGAGGAUUUGACCUUGAUCUCCCAGCUUCCUUCUUCUGGGAUAAAUAAAACUAUUCCCAAUCUUGCUCAUGUAUCCCUUGAGAAGCAUGGACUAAGUCUUCCUCUUGACUUAAGCAGUAACUUGGAUGUCUCAGCCUUGUUCCCUGGGGAGGCUGCCCUCUAUAGCAAACAGCCCAAUCAGGAGAAGGAAGAGAACCAAAUUAUUAGAUGCCAUCUUUCCAGAACAGGAACCGAUGGCAGAAUAGCUCCGGUGGCCCCAGGAACACUGAAAAUUGAGAGGAAACCAAAAUUGGAAGAAAGAGCCUCAUCUUUGCUUGGUAAAAAGAAGGAGAAGGAGAGGAAAGAGAAGAAGGAAAAAGAUCUGAAGUCAAAACAGAAGAAGAAGAAAAAGAAAAAGAAGAAAUCAAAACAGCAUGAUUACUCCGACUUUGAGGAUAGUUCCCUUGACUAUUUCGAUAGGUGCUCCUCCCCUUUCACUAGGUCUUCUGGCAGCUCGCUGACCCUCCGCAGCACCACAACGGAGAAGAGCACGUCCUAUCAGUACCCGAGGGCUAUUUUGUCUGUCGAUCUCAGCGGGGAAAACCUUUCUGAUAUGGAGUUUUUGGAUGACUCUUCCACGGAGAGCUUGCUGUUGAGUGGCGACGAAUACAAUCAGGAUUUUGAUUCGACCAAUUUUGAAGAGUCCCAAGACGAAGAAGACGCUCUGAAUGAAAUAGUCAGGUGCAUCUGUGAAAUGGAUGAGGAAAAAGGCUUCAUGAUUCAGUGUGAAGAGUGCUUGUGUUGGCAACACAGUGCGUGUAUGGGGUUGUUGGAAGACAGCAUUCCCGAGCAAUAUAGCUGCUACAUUUGCAGGGAUCCACCUGGUCAGAGAUGGAGUGCCAAAUAUCUCUGUGACAAAGACUGGUUGAACAAUGGCCACAUGUGUGGCUUGUCAUUCUUAAAAGAGAAUUAUUCCCAUUUAAAUGCCAAAAAGAUUGUGUCAACGCAUCGCCUUCUGGCUGACAUCUAUGGUGUUACAGAAAUAUUGCAUGGACUACAGCUGAAGAUCGGAAUACUGAAAAAUAAGCAUCACCCCGAUCUUCAUCUCUGGGCUUGCACAGGCGUGCGGAAGGAUCACGACCAAAUCACUGUUGGAAUAGAAAGAAGGGUCGUAACUGUGCCCGAAGCCGUUAAUUCUUUGGGAAGGACGUGUCAUAGUCAAAAUCAUAAAGAGCCCCCUCGCUUAGCUCCAAAGAUAGAAGAAACGUACAUCAGAAGUGAACACAGUUACCAGAAACCGAGUUUUGGUCUGGAUUGCAAACCAGUUGUUGAUCCCACCAGCUCAGAGGAUGACGAUACCAGCAGUUUUGAACAGAACCAGGAGCGUCUCUUAGACGAGAAAAACUGUUUACAACACUCAUCCACAGAAGAUGGUUUGGGCCAUCAGAGGCAUUCAACCGAAGGGAACACCGUGUUUGUAUUCAACGAAAAAAGGGGAGCCGAGGAACACGUGGACGCUCGUCUUCAGUGGCAGCUAAACCUCCUUACCCACAUAGAAAAUGUGCAGAACGAAGUCACCAGUAGAAUGGACCUGAUUGAGAAGGAAGUCGAUGUUUUAGAAAGCUGGCUUGAUUUCACCGGAGAAUUGGAGCCGCCCGACCCCCUCACCCGUCUGCCUCAGCUCAAGCGCCGCAUUAAGCAGCUCAUCUCCGACAUGAGUAAAGUCCAACAAAUUGCUACCCUCUGCUCUGUAUGACAAAAGGAAAGAUGAAGGAAUGCAGACAGGCAGCCGGGCUCCGACGAUGGGUUUUCUUCUGAUUGACAAGACUCACAAAAGGGUACUUAAAAAAAAACCACACACACAAAAAAACCCGAAGCCUGAAUGCUGUUCCUUAAUUCUCUGCCAAUUCUCUCAUUAGACUGAAAACGGCGUGUGGUGUGAUAGGGGAAAAGGGAGAAACCUCACUCAUCAAGGAAAGAUUCGUACCGGUUUGAUCUGAAAAGGCUGGGAAAUAAAAGGAGGUUGUGUCUUUCCCCCCCCCCCCACCUCUGAGGGUUCGGAAACCUCAACCCAGGCAUGUUUUCCUACCUUUUCACACGCAACAUCACAGAAAAAGCCCCACAAACUUUUCAAAAGGUUAAUCACAAAAGAAGUCCAGCCAAGGCAAUCUGCAUUGGAAAGAAGGAACAAAUUUUACACGAUUGAGUCUGGACAGUAGAAGGAGGAGAUUUGUUCUCAGUUGGUCACUUGAAAGUUGAACAAACGCCUGUUUUCCAUAGUACUGUAGAGAUCCAGGAAAAUGAAAAGAAGAAAAAAAAAUUAAAAUUCUAGCUUUCCUUUUCAGGAGAAACUGUUUUUUUUUUUUAAAUGGUAGCCUCUCUAUGAAUAUUUUUUUAAGCCGAGCCUUCCUUGCGUAUUGAAUCUUAUGCUCCAUUUUUAGAAACCAAACCUGGGAAAGUCAUAAUCAGAAGUGCCAAAAAAACACAAAACCCAUUUUAAAAAACCAACAACAUUGAAACGGGCGUGUCAGUUGAUGGGGGUCUUCCCCCUCCUCUUCCCCCCCCCCCCCAGACUUCUCAUAUCGAGUCCUCCAUAUUGCCAGCAUCAACCAGAAUUGCAUCAAAUCCAUAUUUGAGCAAGCUACAAUUAAAAGUAUUGAGGGAUACUGUGUCUAUAAUGGCUGGAUCUGGGCUGCAAUACCCACUUUCCUCAGCUGGCUUGAGGAAUCAAAAGAACAUCCGAAACUCCAGGGAUUGGCUGUGAAAUGAGUCUACUCCUUACCUUUUUACUCUCUGUAACAUGAAAUGAAAGGAAAUACGAAAGUUGUUGCUGUUUUUAUUCCAGGGAGAUAAACCUAGGCGCGCCAAAAGUCUUGGAAUCGUUGAGCGAUUUGCAAAACAUGGCAUGGUCUGUAUAAUCUCUCGGCGAAUCCCAAAUAUAAGUUAGGAGCUCCCCUUCUCGAAGGGGUACAGCGUAAAAUACAUCACCUGUAUUUACGCAUUCACUUAAUGAUUUGGCAAAUUGUUAACGAAACCAAAGUCCACCUAGUUAGCUGGGUUUUUAAAUGAAAUUCUGGGCCAAGCCCAAUUACUUUUAGUUUUAUCUGCGUUAUUGCUGCACCCAGUGCUAUAGUAUACCUCUUGAGGUAUGCCCAUAUGUCUUUGUAUGCGUGCGGAUGUGUGUAUACAUAUACACGCAUGUAUUGUGUAUGGGCGUGCUCAUACACAUGUUGCAUUCUAGAGACAUAUUUAUAUUGACAAGUCUAGUUUUCUUACAAUUAAAAAGAACUUUGGUGACAAAAUAUAUAAAAUGUUACCUUUUAAUGAACUGUUUCUUAAAAAGGGGAGAUGGAGAGAGAGAGAGAGAGAGAGAGAGAGAGAGGAAGAGAGAAGAUUUUAAAAAAACUAUGUACAGAAAUUUGUAAAAAAAAAAAUACUUUUUUAAAAAAAAUACUAACUCUUCAAGAGACGCUGCAUUAUUGAGGGUAGCAAGAGAAUAUCAAGCUUAAGGCCUCCCAGACUUUUUUCAGUGCUGGCAAUAUGUAUAAAAGUGUGAGAACUACAUGAAGGACAAUAAACUUGAACCGCCGCAGGAUAAGAGUACAAGCCACUGUACAUUAAAAUGUAUUUAAAUUUGCAAAUACACUGUCUAUAUGUAAGGUACUGUAUGUAAAGCUGUUUAUUAAACUAUUCUGCAUACCGCA